GGCGGGGCGGAGCUCCCGAGCAGCUUCGGCGCUCCGGCGCGGCUUUGGGGGCGCGGGGCCUGGGACCCGCGAGGCCUUGGGCACCGCCGACCACCCCCUCCGCCCAGUCCCGCCCGCCCGGGGCACGGGUCCUGCCGGCGGGAGGGCUGCGGGGCGGCGGGGCGGGCCGCCGACCGCCGGGGUGGGAGGCCAGCGGCGGCCGGGGCGGAGCAGGGAGGCCCGUGUGGCCCAGUCCUUCCGCAUCUGCCCUUCCUGUCCUCUCUGCCUACAGGCGGCCAGAGUCGAGGCGGCGGCUUUGAGCCGGUGCACCUCGGCGAAGGCCACUCUGAUCUGGACCCAGGACGCCCCCGACCGUCCCUGUAGGGUCUCCGGUCCUCUGCGGCCCUCACCUGCUGAGUGGUCCUCAUCUGAAGCCUGGCCGUCCUGGGCUUGCUCUCCCACAUACCCAGGGUCCUGGCUCAGGGCCUCCUUCCUGACAGCCCCGCCGAGAGUGCAGAUCCCCAGGGGCACUGGCUUACACCCAGUCUAAGGCUAGUUUUAGCGGGCUGGGAGGGUCUUGCUCAUCCCAGGGAGCCCAGGCCCCUGGCCCAGCAGGCAUCUGGGAGCUGAACCUGAGCCCUCCUGGCCAGUCACUCUCUGCUGGCGCAGACAUCUGGGGCUUUGAGACUGGGGAUCCGGUUGCUGCGGUGGCACUUGCUAGGGUGCAGGUCUCGUCCGCUGUCUGAGAUGUGUUUGGGAAUUCACACCUUGGCCAGGAGAGGUAGAGUGCGGUGCACAAAGCCACGGCCCAGGGCCUCUCUCCGGAACUCUGGCUCCGGCUGUGAGGCUGUGUGGUGUGUCUGUCCCGGGGUGCCGCUCUGUCUUGGGGGUGCUUGGCUAUAACCGCAGCUGCUGGGCCUCCCUCUGGGCCUUGGCCCCAGGCCCCUGUGUGGCUGAGGACUGAGAGCCACUGUCCUUCUCUCUGGGCAGCUGCUGCCUCCAUCCUGGAUGGGUUGGACCCCAGACUUUCUCACUCUUUGAGGCACCAGGGGUCUAGGAAGAAGCUGGUUGUAGGAUGCCUCUUGUCAGUUGUGGCGUCCUCUCUGCCAUCCGGGUGACCUGUACAGGGUCCUGCAGGGUCUCCAACAAGGCCAAUGACGCGGCGUGGGUGGCGGAGGAGGGCUACUUCAACAGCGCUCUGUCCCUGGCCGACAAGGGGAGCCUGCCUGCUGGAGAGCACAGCUUUCCCUUCCAGUUCCUGCUUCCUGCCACAGCGCCCACGUCCUUUGAGGGCCCUUUUGGGAAGAUCGUGCACCAGGUACGGGCCACCAUUGACACGCCACGUUUUUCCAAGGAUCACCAGUGCAGCCGCGUGUUCUAUAUCUUGAGCCCCCUGAACCUGAACAGCAUCCCAGACAUCGAGCAACCCAAUGUGGCCUCCACCACCAGGAAGUUCUCCUACAAGCUGGUGAAGACAGGCAGCGUGGUCCUCACGGCCAGCACCGAUCUCCGAGGCUACGUGGUGGGGCAGGUGCUGCGGCUGCAGGCUGACAUCGAGAACCAGUCAGGCAAGGACACCAGCCCUGUGGUGGCCAGUCUGCUGCAGAAAGUGUCCUAUAAGGCCAAGCGCUGGAUUUAUGACGUGCGGACCAUCGCAGAGGUGGAGGGUGCCAGCGUCAAGGCCUGGAGGCGGGCUCAGUGGCAAGAGCAGAUCCUAGUGCCCGCCCUGCCCCAGUCGGCCCUGCCGGGCUGCAGCCUCAUCCACGUGGACUACUACCUGCAGGUGCCAGGGGUGCAGGGGUGCCGUGGGGGGAGGGUCCAGCGGCCUGGCUCCUCACUCCUGCAACCUCCCCAGGUCUCCCUGAAGACUCCGGAAGCCAUUGUGACCCUGCCGGUCUUCAUUGGCAAUAUCGCUGUGAACCAAGUUCCACUGAGCCCCCGGCCAGGCCCAGGGCCACCUCCGGUAGUGCCCUCUGCGCCACCCCAGGAGGAGGCAGAGGCUGUGGCCAGUGGACCCCACUUCUUCUCGGACCCUGUCUCUCUCUCCACCAAGAGCCACUCGCAGCAGCAGCAGCCGCCUGCAGCCUUCGGCUCUGUGCCUGGCGCCCCUGAACCCCAUCCUCCGGAUGGCAGCCCCGCCCCCCACCCUCUGCCCCCUCCCUUGUGUAUCUCCACAGGUGCCACCGUCCCCUACUUUGCAGAGGGUUCUGGAGGGCCCGUGCCCACCACCAGUACCUUGAUCCUACCCCCGGAGUACAGCUCGUGGGGCUACCCCUAUGAGGCCCCACCAUCCUAUGAACAGAGCUGCGGCAGUGUGGACCCCUGCCUGACCCCCAGGAGCUGACCGCAUGUCGCCUUCUCUGGACGGGCUGACCUCUGUCCUGGGACCUGGCUCCCAGGGCCUUGUGCCUUCACUCCCGGCCUGGCCCGGCCUCCUCAGGACCCGCCGCUGCUCGGCCGUUCCCCGCGGCCUCUGCCUCUGGCCCAGCCUCCGCGGCUACCCUGCAGUCGCGCUCUCCCCGGGGGUUGGGGGCCUAGAGAGGCGCGGUGUAAAUAAAGCGCAUCAUCUGUAGAGCUGGGCACAGCGGCGAGUCGGGCGACCUCCACCGCCGGACGUGGGCUCGCGGCGGGUGCGCAGCCCCGGGAGGUGGGCUGGGGGCCCUCCUUGGCCCCGCCCUCCCCGCAGGACACGCCCCGUCCCCUGGCCCCGCCCCCUCCGGCGCGCCCCGCGCUUCCGCUCUAGGUCCCUCCCCCUUCCGGGUGCGCCUCGGGCAGGCGAGCAGGGCCACCUCUGGCAACUGGGGCUGGCGCUCAGCUUCCAGGUUCUGCUGCAGGAUGUGCUUUCGGAGUCGGGAUGUGCUUGUCUGGAGCCUCAGCGUUAACUCCAAGUGGCCUUGUGAAAGCGGAGCAGACCGCCCUGUUCCGUUUAUUUUAUUAGCGCACACCGGAGGGGUUGCGACCCGGCACCCACCGCUCCAAGCAAUAAAGUUUGGGCCUCGUGCGCCAGAGGAAGUCCUGUCGGGGGUGAGGGGGCGGGCUUCCCCAGGUCCCUUAUCCUUGCCUUGAUGUCUCAUGCCCCUGCCGACAUCACUGCCAUGUCCAGCUCGGGGAUGCUGCUUCUCUCCCAGCCAAGGGUGAACAACACGAGCCCGCUCCCGAGGUCUACAUUUCAAAGGACUGUCGUCUGGGACUCUAAAAACCCAGGGGCAAACGAAAAAUCAAGGUUUGAGAAAGCACCGUUUCCCAAAGGGGUAUCUUGCAGACGCUACAGAGGGCCGGUAAACACCCUGUGUGCCGGAUCCUGGGAUGUGCUUUGGGAAACUGCCGGUGGUAUUAAGGCUUUAGAGUUCUGCCAUGUGCCGAAGGGGUGACCUUGGCUAGGGGUGUCAAUUACCUUAGUCUAUUGUAGUAAGCUCGAGGGACUCUGCGGGGACAGGUAGAGCAUCUCCCCUGCCAACCCCCCAUAACAUGGUAGAAGCUUUUUUCUUGUGCCUUUAACAGUCUAGACGGGGAAGUUUUGGGCUUGGUAGCACAUCUGUUAUUCUCAAGUCGAGGUUUCCACUCCUGGGUCCAGGAUGUCUGUUGCAGUUUUCACCAUCACGCAUCUUACCGGGCUUGUAGCUCCAAGUUCUGGUGGCACAGGGUGGAGGUAAACUGCCACCACUUUUGCACGUAUCGCACUGGCCACUUUUCACAGCUGGAAAUGUGCAGGCAGCCAUGUACUCUCAAAUGUCACAGUCAUGGGACAAGGAGAGGGUGAGAACUGGAGAAGAGCACACAGCAUGCCACAAGCAGGAUAAUCUGUGAAACAUCUGCUGGAAACUGCAGCCUCAUAGUUGAGAGUCUUUUGAAUCUCCUCUCUGCCUCCUGACAGUUGUGUGGCCUUGAAGGCACUUCCCUGUUUUGGUUUGCUCACUUGCAGAACAUGGAUAAAAACAAUGUCUGCCUCUCAGGACUCACCUGAUGGUCACAGUCAACACAUCUAACACAUCAUCUGCCCAGGACAGCACCCAACGUCGGUGGUCAGAAACAUGAGGGUAGGGCUGGUGGGGCUCAUGGUGCAAGAUGGGAGUAAAACCUGCUUCUGACACAUUCAUUUACAUUUGAUAUUCACUUAGUAAAGGAUUUUCCUCCACAUCUUAACUCAUUUAUUCAUUCAACAGAUAUUUUGUCUCUUGCAUGCCAAACAUUGUUCUAGGUACUAGGAUGUACAAAGCACAAAUCCCUGACUUUUUGGACUUACAUUCUAGUGGGGCAGACAAAAUGGCAAUGGAAUGCUAUGGAGCAAAAUAAAGUAAGUUUUGCCGUGCA